AAGAAAUAAUAAAGAUCAGAAAUUUCGAACCAACCCUUCUCCUUCUCCUUCUCCUUCUCCUAACCCUCCACCAUUAUUUAGCUCAAACUCAAUAAUACUACUCAGUGAUAGCGACCCAUAACUGAUCGCUUACCUUCUUCACCCAGAUCACCAGUUAUAUCUUUUUUUGUUUUGCGACUUCAACCUUCGCCGUCGCCUUCGUCUACCCAUCUCCCCGAAUUGUCCCAUAAAUCUCUUGUUUCCUCGUUACUCAUUAAUUUCCCGGUGGUUGGUCUCUGUCUCUGUCUUCGCCGGUUUCCGGCCGUCUUCAUUUUCGAUUUGUUUGUCUGUCUCUCUGUCUGUCGCAAAAUCUCCCCAGGUUAGUCGACCUCUCUCUCUCUCUCUCUCUCUCUCUCCCCCCCUACCGUCUUUUGCCUGAUUGGAGCUGUGUGUGGGUCUCUGUUUCUUUCAUUCUUCAGAUUGAACUUGUAGUUCGAUUCCCUCAUUGAUCUCAUUUGGGGUUCUGGAAACCCUGUGACUACUUACCCAGAAAUUAGGUCUGAAUUGAUUGAUUUCCCCUCACCUGCAUGGUCCUUGGGCACGGAAUUCGGAUAUUUGGUUCCGGUUCAGAGAAACUGUGACGUUCUUUCUUGUAAGCACUUUGUGGGCAUUUCUGAUUUGUGGGUUAGCUAUAUCACCGAUGCUUUAGCAGUAUCCUGUGGUGUGUUUAGGCGUUCUUUAUUAGGUCAGGAACCCUACGGGUCCACCAGGAGGAAGGAUGAGCGAUCCCAGAAAGAAUGCAUCUUUCUGGAAUUUUUUUGUCAAGGUUGGAGUAGUACGCGUCUUAGAUGAGCUCUUUUGGUAUUUCACCUUGGUGUUGAAUUGGGUUGGACUGGUUUCUACGUUCGCCUGGGUGGUCAUUUUAAUGAUUGGCACUUGUUCUUUUUGAAUCUCGCUUUUCAUUUACGUUGUCAUUUUGUAGAAUCAAUGCAUUCAUGGUAAACUGGUGUCACUUUCUUGUUCGUAAGUCGUAUUCACUCCUAUGAAUGAGAUGAUGAUAUAUCACACCAUAUCACGUAAAGUUUCUCAUGUGCAUCGCAACAGAGUAAAGUAAUAUGUCCUUUUAGUUCAAGUUCCGAUUUGUUUUCUUAACUAGGAAAGAAUAUGGAUGUGUAUGGCAAGUUUCUCUGCAUGUGCGAGAACAGUGGUGCUUACAUCAGGAUAGAGAGUAUAAAAGGGCUAACGUACAUUCUGAGGGUUAAGUGGCCUGCUUUAUAUCUUAAGUGGCGAUUCUUGUAAGUUAGACUAGUUCGUAAUUUUGAGUUACAUUUGGAGACAAUGAAAGAAAGCUCAUAUGUGAUCACGUCGAGUCAAUGGUCUUUCAAGAUGUUUUGUGAUUCUCUAGAGAACUGAUGUUCAGAAGGUUUAUGUUUUCCUGUAGGUACCAGGAGUUUGCUAAGCUAAUCCUUACUAACCUAUGACCUUGCCUGUCGUACAAGUUGACAGUGUGGCUUCAUUAAGCAGUGAUAUCUUCUACGAUAUAUUGAAACGACUCGAUGGCCCUACCUUGGCCAGUGCAGCAUGUGCUUGUGCUGCAUUUUGCUCUAUCUCAAAAGAGGAGAAACUGUGGCAAGAUGUUUGUUCUUCUUUGUGGCCUUCAACCAACAGGGAUGAUGUGAAGACUUUGAUUAUAUGGCUAGGUGGAUUCAGGAAAUUUUAUUCAGAUUGUUUCCCCCUGAUAGUCAACAAGGAGUUCUCCGAGUAUCAGUGGCAGGAGUAUCUUCAGUACCCUGAAGAAUGGGCCGAAGCCGAGUACUAUGGCGACAUAGAUGAAUCCGAAAGUGUAUCUCCCUCAGAUUUUGUUUCUAUUGUCGACAUCAGGUACAAAGAUAGAACAAUAUGUUCCAAAGUCCUGUGGGGGAUUCCAAAUGCCGACGGAUCCAAUGGCUGGUUUCACAACUGCCCUUUCCGUAUCGAUCUGCUUACUUCCGCUGCCAGGGACGACGACGACAACAACGAGGGAGAAGUUUUCCUUUCAGUUAAUGAUGGUCUGCCACCAAUUGUAUCCAUGGAGAAAGAAAGAAAAGAUGGGAAGCUAUGGAAGGAGCUUCGUGACGGACUUAGGCUUAGUUGGAUAGUUGUCAACACUAAAAGCAAGCAGGCUGCCAAUCUAGCAAGCUGGAGUCCUCUUGGUGGACAAAGGCACUGGCCAACCGACAAGGAUUUUGUAAUCCGGUUUGGCUCGGUCCUUUCUGCCAGGGAUAUCCUUCCAUGUCAGGUUGUGAAGUGCAUCCUCGUGAUGAAGUUCAGAGUGAUCCACACUGAAGGAGAGGGUUUCCAGACAACACUCAAGCUGACGGAGCUAAGCAUGCAGUUGGAAGACAUGGAAGGUGCUCAUGUGAAUGGAAGGAACAGUUUGCUUAUACUGAAGGAAGCACUGAGCUGCAGACGUAGCAAAAACUACAGCGAAGUUCUGGAGUCGUGUAAUCUGUACUCGAAAGUGCAGAGCGAGUUGAAGGAAGAGAAGAUGAGGAAUGAAAGCAGGAUAGAUAGGUUUUGUAUAAUAUCUGGAAUCACAGCUUUCCUAUCAAUCUGGUACUACUUCCUCUGAUGGCAGCUAAUUAAGAGUAUUGAGUUCGUUGUGGCGCUCUUAUUUUUUCCGUUCGUUUCUGCUUUCAAUAGUUGAGUUUUUUUCUUUCUUUCUUUCUUUCUUUCUUGUGAGAUCCGUUUUCCCACCAGAUAAUAAAGGAGUACAUUCCCACAAAGCUUUUGAUGUUCGGAACAACCUUCGCAGACUUAAAACAUUGCUGCCGACUUUUCCUACCCCAGCAAUAGAGAUCGACAUAUUUUGAGAAACCACUUUUUAACGAGACCCGAUAUGAUGCUAACAUAAUUCAUUACAGGUAUUAUAGUAAGAAGGUCUUUUGAUUAUUCCGGCGCGCCAUAAACUUAGAAUUAUAAU